AUGUGCCGGACCCUAUCCGCCUUCCCCACCACCUGCCUGGAGAGAGCUAAAGAGUUCAAGACACGCCUGGGGAUCUUCCUCCACAAAUCAGACUUGGGCUCUGAUACUGGGAAUGCCGGCAAGAUCGAGUGGGGCAGCAAACACAACAAAGAGAGCAGAAACUUCUCAGAGGAUGUCCUGAGGUGGAGAGAGUCUUUCGACUCGCUGCUGGGCAGUAAAAAUGGGGUGGCUGCCUUCCAUGCUUUUCUGAAGACAGAGUUCAGCGAAGAGAACCUGGAGUUCUGGCUAGCCUGCGAGGAGUUCAAGAAGAUCCGCUCGGCUGCCAAGCUGGCCUCCAGGGCACACAGCAUCUUUGAGGAGUUCAUUCGCAGUGAAGCCCCAAAAGAGGUGAACAUAGACCACGAGACCCGGGAGCUUACGAGGACCAACGUGCAGGCUGCCAAGGCCACAUGCUUUGAUGUGGCCCAGGGGAAGACACGCACCCUAAUGGAGAAGGACUCCUACCCACGCUUUCUGAAGUCCCCUACUUACAGGGACCUGGCUGCCCAGGCCACGGUCACCUCACCCUCUCCAUCCAGCUGCAGUCUGGCUGCGCCCCUGUGCACCUGA